CUCCGUACUGAGCCUGUUAAUGGAGAACAUUUCUACUCUGGUCAUCUGUUCUUACCCCAGUAAACAGAAGAAAUGUGGAUAAAUAAUGCCCCUGAAACACUGGGAAAUUACCCUGAUUUCUGGAAAAGCUCCCGUGGAGCCAAAACAUGCCUUAGGAUAUAAUCCGUUUGGUUUUCACAUCCAUCUAAUGAUACCCAGGUUUCACAAAGUUUUAUGGUAUACUCGGCUCUUCCACCUUUCUUGACCUAUUUAGACUAUGGUUAGAACCAGCAAAGAUGCAUUUAUAUCCUGAGUAAUCACAGAACAUAUUUUUGGGUAUAGUGCUGGAUAGCAAAACAAGUAAAGAUCCCAGAAAUACAGAUUUUUUCUCCAACAUUUAGUGGAGAGAGAAACUGUGGCAGCUUUUGCAGUGAAAACACGGUCAAUGUGGGCGAAAUGCUACCGUGUGUUUACUGUCAUUGCACAGAGCUCAGAGCAGCUGUGGGGAAGGCAGGAGAGAAAGAGAGGAAGGGGAGGUGGGGACAGCGUCACAGGCAAAGAGCAAGAGGAAAGGAGGUGAGUUCAUAUGGAGGAGGAGUUUCGUGCAAAGCAGGAGAGAGGCUAUGAUAGACCGUGAGAAAAAAGCAGGAGAGAGAAGGAGGCUGUGCGUGAGGGAGGAAGAUGCUGUUGCCAGGGAACAAGGCUGAAAUACAAGGAACCGUGUUUUACAGUUCGGAAGAGGAUGAAAAGUCAUUUUAGUGAUGGACACAAAAUGGACUAAACUGGAGGAAAACAGGUGAUCCUGACCACGGAGAGCCUGACAGAAUCAAAAGAAAAAAAGGAAGACACGACUUGCCUCCAUCGGCAGCAUCAGCAAGCAACAGGAACUGUGCAGCUUCCCUAGAAACCGGAGAGCAUCACCUGAAGAGGUAAACAGUGAUGACCCUCAGUCAGCUGCUGUAAGGAGGGACAUUUGAAGAAAGGAAGAAACCCGCUAAGGAGAACUACGUCAUUACAUAAUCAAGCUGAAGCCCAUCCUUCCUGCCACAGGAUGGGUACAGCAGAAGCCACUUUACGCAUGGACAGCAUGGAGGUCAAGGACGAGUGGCAGGACGAGGACUUCCCCAGGCCACUGCCAGAGGAUGGAGAUGUCGACUCAUGUGGUCUGACAGACAACAGAUGCAAUCCUCCCACCAGUCUGAAUGUCGGCGAGUCAAAGAACCAGAGAAAGCGGCGCACACUGGUGGCCCCCGACAUGAACCUGUCCCUGGAUCAGAGCGAGGGCUCUGUUCUCUCUGACGACUUCCUGGAAACACCCGACGACCUGGACAUCAAUGUUGACGACAUUGAGACUCCAGAUGAGACCGACUCACUUGAGUUCCUGAACAAUGGCAAUGAGCUGGAGUGGGAAGACGACACUCCUGUGGCCACAGCCAAACGUCUUCCAGGCGAAGGUGAGGAGGAGAGAGACUCCUCUGGUCGUCUGUGGCGAACAGUGAUAAUCGGCGAUCAGGAGCAACGGAUCGACAUGCAGAUCAUCAGACCUUACCUGCGGGUGGUCACCCAUGGAGGUUAUUAUGGUGAAGGUCUGAACGCCAUCAUCGUGUUUGCGGCCUGCUACCUCCCAGACAGCAGCUGUGACGACUACACAUACAUCAUGGAGAAUCUGUUUCUGUAUGUCGUUAGCAGCCUGGAGCUGUUGGUGGCAGAAGAUUACAUGAUCGUUUACCUGAACGGAGGAACUCCCCGCAGGAAGAUGCCGGGAAUCGGCUGGUUGAGGAGAUGCUACCAGAUGAUUGCCAGAAAACUGAGAAAAAACCUCAAGUGUCUGAUCAUUGCACACCCAACAUGGUUUAUCAGAACUGUCCUGGCCAUCUCAAGACCAUUCAUCAGUGUGAAGUUCAUGGAUAAGAUCCGAUAUGUUCACACCCUGGAAGAGCUCAGUCACAUCAUCCCCAUGGAGCACGUGCAGAUUCCUGAAUGUGUGCUGCAGUAUGAUGACGAGAAGGUGAAAGCACAAAAGCUGAGACAGGAACAAGAGCCGCAGCAAACCAAGUCAACUCUUCCUAGAGAAAGACCAAAGUCAAUGCUACCAGAGGUCGGCCGUGACAUCUGACGUGAAGCACAUCGAGUUGAAGAUCUGCUGGGGAACGUUUGCUCAGUGAACUGGGAACCAGCAUCAUCAGAUUUUUGCACUGAAAUCUCCCGAAUGGACCCGUUAGCUGCAGGACAAUCACUCCUCAGUGUUUAUCUCGUUCUAAAACUGUUAACAAGACGUUACAGAUCCAAUUUAAAACUGAUUCCUGCAUGUACGUUUGAGCUGUACUAUAAAGCAUGGCAACUAUUUUGAAUUAAAAACCGUACAGACUCCUCAUACCAUCUCUUCUUAGACUGAAUCCAGCUCAGUUAUAUUUUAUGUAUGGGGUUUGUUCGGUUUAAUAAAUAUGCUUACUGAAAACUGAUGUGCAAUGACGUUCUUCUCAAACAUGUUGUAAAUGUUACUGAUGCAAAAGUAUUGUACAGCUGUCAGGUUUUCCAGCGUUAAAUAUGCAGUUUGCAUGCUUGUUUGUAUCAUUUCCUUCUUUGGUACAUGUAUCUGUUUUGUUUUUAAAUUCUGAAAAAAAGAAAGAAAUACUUUUUCAAGCUCGAAAGACUGAGUUGUUACAGAUGAAAUAAAAUAUAUUUAAAGAAAGAGAGUCUGAGUAAUUGCUUUAAGCGUUAAUCUAUGAAAAUGUGCCAUUCGAUGUCUC